AUGACGUCCUUUAUAUUUGGUCACCGUACUUCAGAUAUGACUCCAACCGGUAACAUUUCUGACCAAGACUUGCUUACAUUGGCUCGACGUAUCAAGUCGAAGGACUUCAUGGGGAUUGGCACAAAGCUUGGAUUCAGUCGGAAUAAGCUUGAGAACAUCAAACACAAGACACUGCAGAAUCGCAAAGACGCUAACAUCCAAAUGCUCUGCGCGUGGAAGGCAUCUCAAAGAUCAGAUCCUGAAGCGACUGAGACGUUAAAGUGCAUUUGGGAAUCUGUCUCCUUGGCAUCCACGGCUGCGAAUACAGACGAUAGCUUGCAAGCGCCCUCGUCGGCGACUCCUGAGAUGAGAGCCAAACCAAACGAGCCUAUAGAGCCUGAAGAUAUGGAUAUUAUUACAACAUCAGAUACAGAGCGAGAUGGAAUAAAUGAUGACCUUAACCGAUGUGAGGGAACACCAAACACAGAAGAGCUUUGCAGCGUCGCUCUUUCAGUGAAAAGUCUGCCAUUAGCAUUUUCACUUGGGAAAGCCCUCCGUGUAAAUGAUGACCUCAUUGUUGAAUUCAUCGAUCUACCCAGUUCCUCAGUACUCCAUAAGAUUGCACGACAGCUCGUAGAAAAUUGGUUGAAUGGUUUGAAAGAGGCAGAACAAGAAGAUAAGUUCGCUAAGCUUCUCUCGGAGUACAACAUCCCAGAUGUAAACACAGGCCGUGAAGAAAUCUCAAAAGCCAUUGGAUCCAAGAAAGAACUAGUGGACUUGUGUUAUCGCCUGAAUGUUAAACCUUCUGGCGUCUUGCAGAUCAUGAGCACAUUUGUGACCUUCCCGCCUGACAUGAUUGGCCGUUGUACUCUGAAGAUGCUUAAGGAGUGGGUACACCACGGUGGGACUAGGGAGAGGCUUCUCGAAGUUGCUCAGGCUUUCCGUUUCAACGAUGCAGCAGUCAAGAUAGCAGAAGCUAUGAAAUGCCAACCAAACUAUACACCUUUCAUCUCGCAUGGCAUCAUUGAUCACAAGGGUGGAGAACUGACCCUUAAUGAACUUGGUAUUGCCGUAUCUAUCCCUGAAGGAGCUAUGCCAAAAGGAAUGAGAUCAGUUGUAACUCUUCGCGUCCCCACUCAUGGUACUCCUAGGCUUCCUGUACGGGAGGGUGAAGUAGUCAUUACUCCAGCCAUAGUAUGUUCUCUGACACAAGAACUGCUCAAGCCUGCCACGGUGGUAUUACCACUCUGUACCAAUCACCAUGAACUUACAGACGACUCUUCUGUUAUCUUGUACACAAGAACUGGACCAGGAAAGUUCGGUCGUAGAAACCUGACUCCGCGCACAUCAGAAAUCUUAAAAGAUAAGAUAAAGUUUCAUACGCGUCAUCUUCAAGUCUGGGCUCUGGCAUCGACUGAUCUUCAAGGACUCCAGCUGAAAUGUGUAGUCUUCCAGCCUCUCUCCAUGACACCUGCAGAGAAACCAACUCUACGUGUAUACAUAAUUCAUCCAUAUAGGAACGUUAUAGAGGAUAUAACGAGGAAGGAGAAGAGUUCUUCUGUGCCCUACUGCAAAGUCCGGAAUGAAGUCAGGUUCUCUAUACAGUCAACAUCAAUGGACCUAACGAUUUUGCUCCACGACGGGGCGAAAAUAAACAAAAGAAUGGUAAAUAUGUGUGAAAGUUAUCCCAUAAGGUCUGUUAGAGAAUAGUGGUCGAUAUGGAAUUUUGGAUGGGGAAAAAAGGAUAUUAUCAAAGCUCAAUUGUAAAGCUAGUAUAAAAUCCUAUUAUAUCAGAAAUCCUGAAACGUAUAGAUCAAUAUACCUCAAUAGCACUGUACCUAUAUGAGCAUGUAGGACUACAAGCAUUUGGGCAAAUGAUCGAU